GGGGCGUGCUCCAGUAGAAAGAUACCAGACCCGCUACACCCUGAACUCAAGCCUGCAAUAGAGGAAAAUCAGAGACCAUGGAGGAAAGUUCAAUAGCAAGGUGUAAUGAUGGCUUCUGAAGGAACCAAAGAGGUUUCCUUGCGGUCAAAGCAAAGGAGGAAAUCUAGAGUCAGUAUAUUCAAAAUGAGUCGUAGAAGAAUCUCAUGCAAAGAAUUAGGAGAUGCUGAUUGUCAAGGAUGGUUGUAUAAGAAAAAAGAAAAAUCAUUUCUUGGCAACAAGUGGAAAAAGAUUUGGGCAGUUUUGAAAGGUUCAUGUUUGUACUGGUAUACCAGCCAGAUGGCUGAAAAAGCUGAAGGUUUCAUCAAUCUUUCUGAGUUCAUUGUGAAUCCUGCCACUGAUAGCAAGAAAAAAUAUGCUGUAAAGAUCAGUCAUCCGAAGACCAAGGCCUUUUAUUUUGCCGCUGAAAACAGAGAAGAGAUGAAUAAAUGGCUAAAUAAACUAGGCCUUGCUGUAAUUACUCAUCCAAUAAAAGAUAAAAAAGAUGAAGAUUGCUGGAGUGAAAGUGAACAUGAUGAUCAUGAUCUAACAUCAGAGUCGCCCUCUUUUGCAAAACAUAAUUCACCCUCAAUUUCUUCUGAACUUGCCAUACCACUACAUGUACGUUCUCUAGCCCACAACUCUGGAUCAUCACUGUGUAUCAUGGAAUAUCAAGAAAAAAUAUUACAUCGUCCCAUGACAAACAGUUCAUCAGCUCCUGAACUUGAGAAAUUGUUUGUAGAACAGAAUCUGUACCAAAAGAAAGAUGUUAGAAUGUUAAAUGCGGACUUUAAGAUACAAGUAGAGGAACCAGAAUUAAACACGAGCUUGCCAUCCAUGGUUACAGAGGGUCUACAUAUGAAAGCAAAAGAUGAUGAUGAAAUGGAAAAAUUAUACAAAUCUCUGGAAGAAGCUAGUCUAUCACCAAUUGGAGAUCAUCGACCCUCUUCGAGAAUUGAACUAAGAAAGUCUUUUAUUAAACGCAGCAAAAACCCUUCAAUCAAUGAAAAACUGCACAAAAUCAGGACUUUGAACAGCACUCUAAAGUGCAAAGAACAUGACUUGGCGAUGAUUAACCAACUCCUGGAAAGUGGUGAAAUCACAAGUGAAAAAUACAGAGAAUGGAAAGAUAAUAAUACAUUACUAUUUCAAGAUCUAUACUCAUCACCUUGUGUUCAAGUCUCUGCUGACAAUACAACGCUAGAAACAUCAUUCAGUUGAGCAUUACUCCGAAGGAUUAACGCAUAUUUUUAUUUAUUUUAAAGCUUGUACAUAUUUUCCCCCUUUUCAAAAUUAUUUAAACACUGCAAUGAAGAUGACCAAAGGAUGUUUAUUCUCCGCGUACCCUUUGUAUCUUUUAUAUAUUCGCUGUCCUUCGCACCAGAGGCUAGAAUCUCCUGGAAUAAGUUCUGGAAAAGAUCAGUAGUUAUGACAUCCUCACUUUCCACAUGUACAAUGCAUUUUUAUAAAUGUUGUUGGACUUGGACAAGUGUCAUGUGAUCAAUAAAGUAUUACCUUUCCUUUGGACUGGAUCAGAUAAAAAAUAUGGUACUUCUUGGGGAAGCUAAAAUUUGCAGGUAAAUGAAGAGGACUUUUUAAAAGGAAGGUUAAUGGGACACUCUUGAAGACAGGUCAUCAGUAUAGAAUAUUUGGAAAACCCCUUUAAAUAUUAUAACCCCAAGCUGCAUUCCCAAUUCUGAUGGAUGCCAUUGGAAACAACCAGCUUAUUAGAUGCUUUCCUAACAACUUAAGCUGGACAUAAACUUUACAUAGCUGUUGGCCAAACAAGCCUCCUGACCUUUCCCAAAAAAAUGCACGCUCAGCUGAGAGUGCAUGUGCUCCCAAUAUGGAAAUAAGGGAAAUAGGCCAGUGCCAGAUAUCUCUGCCAGCAGCGUAACUCCCUUGAGAACAAAAAAACUAAAAAAAAAUCAUGCAUGUUGAAAAGGUGACCCACACUUCCUUCAUCCAGCAUCUGCAAUCGGGGGAAAGUCAGGACACCCUCUUACUCACUAUGUGGUUGGGCAGCCAUGCUGAACUUGGCGAGUUGGGGCAACAUUCACUUAAUGUGUAUGAUUGGCCAGCUUUAGCCAAGUGCCCAUAAUGUAAUGGGGAAAAUUGUCUCUCCACCAUUAGAUUAUUGCACAUUGCCUGGCGUAAGGAUGAUGCUUCCCAGAAUGCAAGUCACACAAGAAUGUGCUGUACAGAAAUGUAGACUCGGGGGACACAUGGCGGAUUUGCCGUUGUACAGUCCCAGAGAAAUGGAUAAGAAUUUCCGAAAUCUCAUCCAUGUGCUGCGUAUUUAAACUGCAGCAGAAAACAGUUGAUUUAUCUUGCAGACUUCACCCUUGUCAAUACAGUGGGUGAAAUUUGCUGGCUUUUUCCACAGCAACAAAUUGUAUUGUUUGAUGCAGAAAAACAGCUAUAGUCAUAGAAUAUACUGUAUGUCAUAUAUGUCAUAUAAGUAUUUGGUAAAAUGGGGUCAGAAGGUGGACACAUCAUUUAUGAAAAGUGGAAACACUGCGGGGGACAUUUAUCAACACCGGUUUAUUGCACGCUGGUCUUGAUUCCCCCUGUGCUGCUGGAGGAUGGGCAUGCCUCUCAUACAUUUGGAGCAUCUCCUGGUUGGGCCACGUCUGAUGGCAGCCUCGUAGCUGUUAUAGUCUUUUUCAUGCCAGAAUACUAGCAAGAAGAAAGAUAAAUGUGGCAGUCCUGCAGCACCCCCUGCGUCCCGCUGGUGGCACAGCCCAUUUAUACGCCACUUUGGAAAAGUGGCAUGGAGGGAAAAAUGUUGCACAUUUUGCAACACAAAUGGAAUUCAACAAAAAUGUACAACCUAUUUACACCACAAAAGUGACGGAAAUAGAUUAUUAAAUGUCCUCCUUCACUCUAUUACUUUGUUCUAUAAUGAAUGUGCAGUCAUGGACUGUGUCUACUUGCAUGUGUGUCAGUCACUUCGUAUAUUUAUACACUGCAAGGCCACAAUGUUUUUUUUAAUUUUAAUUUUUCUUAUUGUAUUCGUCAAUCAGAUGCUUUUAAUGUGUACUGUAUGUACUUUCUUUAUUUUCAGGUUGUUGGGGAUCUGAAACAGACAUCACUGUGAUAAUUUUAUGGCCCAAAGAGCAUUUCUAGUGGACUGAUAUCAAUCGCAUAUGAAUAUUAUUUUCCUGAUAUUUCCUUUUUACAAAUUAAGGGCUCUUUCACACGAGUGAGUUUUCCGUCUGGAUGCGAUGCAUGUAGCGAACACAUAGCAUCCAGACUGAAUUCUAAUCCUGACCUAUUCAUUUCAAUGGAUAUGUGUACAUGAGUGCUGUUUUUCAUGCAUCAUCUUUGUGAUCAGGAAAAAUCACAGCAUGUUCUAUAUUGUGUGUCUUUCAUUCAGCUCUGGUUCCAUAGAAAUGAAUGGGGCUUGCAUGAAAAACAGAAGGCAUCUGGAUGUAAUGCGUUUUUCACUAAUGGUUGCUAAGAGGAACACGCACAUGAAAAACGCUUAUAAUCUGGAUACAACCUGGAUGGGGAAAAGGCACACUGACCGCAAUUGUAGAAAGAACUGCAUGCAAAAUAAUCAGUUUUUCCCUAAACAGUUCCUGAAACAAUCCGUUCAUGUGAAGGAGGCUUAUGUAUACAGUGUUCAUAAACCUUUACAGACCCCGAUCUCAUACAAAUUAAAUGUUCAUUUAAAGUUAAAUAUAAACAUGAGAAACCCUG